UAUUAUGUCUUCGCGUGAAACCCUGCUGUAUCGCGUAAACAUUAGUUGAUUACUAUUACUAACGAGUAACGUGUGCAACGCUAACGUAACGAUCGCUAGCCAUGAGUGGGAAAGGCGUAUCGUUCGUAUCAGAAUCUGUGAUAGAAGAGAAUCGGAGGAAACGACAAGAAGAAUGGGAUAAGGUCCGCACAGAAGAUCAACCGCUAGAAUGUCCAGAAGAGGAACACGAUACAAGGACGCUGUUUGAACGCCUACAGCAACAGAAGGAUAAGAAGGAGGAGGAGUUUGCAGAGCAGCAUCGGAUGCGCAACAUGGUGAAGGGACUCGACACUGAAGAGGCUGACUUUCUUAACCACGUCGACCGACAGAAGUCGACCUUAGAGCAGCAGCGUAAGAAUGAGGAGAACGAGGUGCUGGAAGAGUAUCGAAACGCUAUGCAAGAACAGAUGCUAGCUGCGGCGAAGGCGCAGAGUAAGCCGCCGGAGAAGACGCUGUCGUCAUUGCCUUCCGAUUCGAGCAAGAGCAAGAUGUCCCACCGCGCGCUGCUUGCGAGCGUCGUAAAACGAAAGAGCACGGACGGCGAGGAGGCGGACGCGAGCAAAAGGUCGCGGCAAGCACCAGGUGGCAGCAGCGAGCAGAUAGCAACGGCGUCGGCUCUAGAUAAGUCUGUCGAGGAGGCAGACACGGCGGACGCUCCUGCGGCAGUGCCGGCCGCCACCACGAUGCAGUGUAUCGCGCACCUGCCCGGGAUAGGGCAAUACCAGACGAGCAGCGACGAGGAGUCGGGGUCCAGUAGCGACGUGGACGACCACAGCCUGACGGACAUUAUCAGCAUCAUCUCGAAGCGGAGCCGCGUCGUCGCCGCCAAUCACAAUCAUUGAGGAGGCAAGCCGAACGCGCGUGACCGCGCGAGCAUGGCGAGGUCAAGGUUACAGAAGGUCGCUGAUUCCGUACGGGACCCGUGAGGAAUUCCUGCCUGUACUACACCAUUAGGAAGAAGUCUGGGGUCUGCUGGGUGUCAUACUGGGGCAAAUGUUUUCUUCUCGGUAACUCCAUCUUCUCAAAUAGAGUAGCGCACAAUUUAUCAUGGGUACGUUAAAGUUGAGGCAGGUGAGAGAGACAUGGGUCCUAGUCCAAAAAGUAUAAAUUCUGGCUAAAAAUUGCCGUGUAAAACGACAUUGGUAUUGAACAGCCUACCAGUGCUUUUUGGUUCAGUUAGAUUUUCUUGAUGUCAGGUACAAAAGCCAAUAUUUCAUUCCUUACAGUUGGUCUAUUGCGCUAUUGAUCUACAUGGUUCAAAUCUCGAGUGUUAACUAGACUGCUCUAUCUAAUCUAUUCUAACGAUUUGGGAUCAGUCUAGUUGAAAAAUUUCAAUUGAAAUUAAUGUGUGGGCGAAUUUGGGAGAGUUUAACUAAAACAAAAUGUUGGUGACGGUGCAUAGAUAGGGUAGUUUCUGGGGUGAAACAAUCUUUGUUUAUGGCACAAGUCAUCCCAGAGUGUUGGUCUAUAUUGAAAUGGGAUAUUAUGAUUAGUGUGGCUAAGGAAAAGAACUGCGGAUGCAAAAGUUACAAAUGAGAACUGAUAGAUAAAUAAGAACUUGCACUUUUUUUGACAGCAAAUGACACACUGUGCAUUUAAUCAGCCAACCUAGAAGUGAAUAGUGGGUACACAAGCCUGGCCGUGUUCAUAAAAAAGAAAUUGUAUGAUGAGUGAUCACGUAAAGGGAGAACACUUGUGACAAGUUAAUAUAAUAACACAUAAAGGUUCUAUUAGCCACGUUUGAGUGACUGUUCACAAUAUAUUUGCAUCAGCAUGUUUCUCAGAUCGUGUGCAGGUCAACUGCUAUUGAAUUUUAUUCUAAUGGAAACAGUCAACAAUGUAUGGCGUGCGGUCUUUGAGGUAAUAUUGUUAAGUAAACUGUUUCAGUUUGUUUAAAUAACUGAUUUCUUGUUAUUUGUCAUAUGGGGAGCUCUGAAACUCGGUAAUACCGGUUGAUAUGUAAUAGAAGUUAGGGCUUCUAUUCCUAUAGAUAUAUUCGUGAGUUCAUGAGCUGAAGUGGACAAUACAGAGAAUCAAACAAAAUGUUACACCAUUUUUGUAAUUGACAAUUUUAUUAAAACAGCUUAAUACAUUGAUGGCAUCUCACAAUACUUGGGUAAAUGGCAGCAAGAAGUUUACACCCUUAUAAGGUAUGUUUGUGUGUGCGUGCAUGCGUGCGUGUGGGCAUGUGUAUAUACACUGAUGAUCUGAUUUUGCUUGAACUUGACAGCUCCAUUUCCCAGUUUUGAUCUCAACUCAUGACCUUGUUAUAUAAUAACAUACGUCACACCAGAAAUAAAUUUCCAUAUUGGAAAUAAAUUUUAAAUACUAGAACACACUACCUAUCCGUAUGCUCAUAAUAGUAUUUACAUAAUCACACACUAACACGAUAUCAGCCCAUGAUCGGCAGUCUUCAAUCUUUUUCUAAAUGCAAAGAACAUACGUUGCGUGAUUUUCCUUGGGAAAAUUACAUUUUCUAGUAUAUUUAUCUUGCUGACAAUAAGCACGUGCUAAACAUGGCGCAACAUGGGUGGGAGAUGAUUGAAAUGGCAAAAGAACACGAGCAAGCGUCUGCAGUAUAAAUAUAUUAAGUACGUUAUAUAUUUAGAACGUUACUAGUCUCUAGUAUCAAAGUACACAGGAGUAAUUACACUUCCAGUAGCUGCAACAAAAUGCAAGUUUCUUUUGGCAAAUAAUAUGAACUGAUGAAACGCAUUAAUCAUUCUAUAAAUUAUACUAAUAGACCAAACGUUAACGUAAUGUGUUGUACCAAUGUGCCGCAAAAUUAUUGACUUCUAAUCAAUCAUGCUAGGAUUUAAAAAAAAAAAGCACCAUAAGCAUAGCAUGAUCAUAUAAACGCUACAGGUAUCUAUAUUAGUAAAAAAGGCCCAUUAGG